GUCGUGAAGCUCUGCUCUCUUCAAUUCGCAAUACCCCGGUAACAGCUGGUUCAUCAAGCAAGCUCCCCAUCCAGCCUCAUCUUCGCGCUUUCAACUCAAUCGAUCGAUUCCCAAGCGGACAACAAUCACAAUGGCCGACGAGGUUCACGUCGCUCCCAAUGAGAAGGAGACCAACGGUGUCGAGCAGACGACGACUCCCCGCCACGGCCACGGAUUCAGACACAGCCACCAUGGCGACUUCAGCGAGAUGACCCUCGGCCAGUAUGCUCAGGCUUUUGGUGGUGCUCUUCAGCCCGGUGCUUGGAGGCCAUACGAACACCGCAAGCUCGCCAACCCUGCCCCUCUGGGUCUUUCUGCCUUCGCCUUGACCACGUUUGUCCUGUCCGCCAUUAACAUGCACACUCGGGGCGUCUCCGAGCCCAACGUCGUUGUCUCCCUCGCCUUUGGCUAUGGCGGUCUUGUCCAAUUGCUUGCUGGCAUGUGGGAGAUUGCUGCCGGUAACACCUUUGGUGCCACCGCCCUGAGCUCUUACGGCGGCUUCUGGAUCUCGUACGGUAUCCUCUUGACCCCCGAAUGGGGCAUCACGGCUCCCGAUGGCCCUUACAAGGGCGAUGUUGCCAGCGUGCUGGGCUUCUUCCUGACUGGCUGGUUCAUCUUCACCACCGUCCUUCUUCUCUGCACUCUGCGAUCCACCCUUGCCUUCUUCCUCCUCUUCUUCUUCCUCGACCUGGCCUUCCUCAUGCUCUCUUGCUCCGAGUACGCCGCCGAUCUGGGCAACGCCGACGCUUCCCUCGGCCUGCAGAAGGCCGGUGGUCUGUUCGGUUUCUUGGCCGCCUUCUUGGCCUGGUACAACGCCCUGGCCGGUAUCCAGGACAGCAGCAACUCCUUCUUCCAGGUCCCCGUCAUCCACUUCCCCUGGUCUGAGCAGGCUCGUCAGCGCCGUGCCAGCAAGUCUGAGCGCGCUCAGGCGUAAAUUGCCGUCAAGGACAAGUGAUGCGUUGUGCUUGCUUGGUUGCGUAUGAGCGACGUUGGAGCGUGGAAUGAUACCUGAGUGAAGCGAAGUCGUGGUUCCCGGCCGGCUGGGCUGCGAGCAGGAACCAACAACCAAUAACCAAUAACUGGGCGUGUCUUUUAUCUGUUUCUCCUUUUUUGAUUCCCAAACGUACUGCGAUGUAAUACAGGAAGCGGCUACCCAGCUGCUGAUAUACCUAUUAAUGAAAA